AUGUGCCCGUAUGCCGCGCAGGCUGUUGAGGGUCUCCAGAUGUCAGGCAUGUUCAGACGUCCCUUUCGCAAUCACCAGGAGGACUCCGGCUGUGAGUGCGAGCCAUACGACGAUGCGCCGCUUUCGGCGAAUGUGCGCAAUAUGUGUGCCCUGUCCGCUACCAUCAGGGCCAAGUCCAACUGGUGGAGCAAGGCGCAAGACCCGGGUAUACGUGCGCGGUGGCGAGAGGAAGCGAUCAGUACCCCAGUGCUUUACGGGAACAUAUCGUUGACGGAAGAUGAAGUGAGCUACGUUCUCGACGAAUUGGCCUGGUAUGCUUCACGUCGGGAUGAGGAAACAGGCAUAGAGGCGUCGAUAUUCCAGAGAAUCUGGCAGUCAGACACGCUCGUCGACGAUGCCCUUCAUGCUGAACUCCUACGUGCAGUCGCUAAAUUGGAGGACAUUCCUGAGGAUCAGAAGGAUUGGCAUCCUCGCGCAGACGGGCAGGUCCUCGACCUUGUCCAUCCUUCGCUCUAUUGCAUUGUAUACGACCGCACGACGCUUCGUGACGGAUACGACCCCACGCUGCCCCCGUCCGCAGCCCAGUUCAAGGACAUUUACAAAUUCUGCUCUGAGCGGUUCUGCUGGCUCCCCACCGAUUUUGCGAUCUCCAAGGACGGAGCUGCCGCGAAAGCGCUCGGGUACAUCAACAAUCUUGAUCCACGUCUGCAUGCUUCAGCCUAUCCUGUCGUAGAGCGACUUGUGGCGCGCUUUGUGCCGCUCUGGGAGCGUGUCCUCGCCGAGUCCCGUGUGGACUUAGGAAUGCGCUGCCUCGUGCACGGGAAUUACUGGUGGGGGCGUCGUUCGCAGUCGAACUCACAAUCAGAGGGCUCUAACGACGGCUCUGGCUCAGGAGAAUCGUACCGGGAAAUAACUCGCACCUUGCACCUACCCGGAGUCAACGUGCCUUUCCAACCCUAUCCGGACCCUGAGCCUGUUUAUCUUAAGGGGUGCACGCUUCAAGUCAUCAUCAAGCUGGCCAAUAUAAUUCUGACUCCGAGCAAGCCACAGUAUCCGGGAGGAAGCUGGCAUGUCGAAGGCAUGCUCGACGAGGCAAUUGUGUCAACGGGCAUAUAUUAUUAUAAUGAGGAGAAUACUACCGAUAGUGCACUGGCGUUUCGCAUGGCCGUGAGCGAGCCAUAUUACAAUCAAAGCGAUGAUGAGGGCAUGCAGGCAGUCUACGGCCUUGAGAAUGAAGGACCACUCAAUCAGCAUCUGGGAUCCGUAGUGACGAAGCAGGGACGGUGUAUCGCGUUUCCGAAUGUCUAUCAACACCAAGUUCAGCCCUUCGAGCUCGUCGAAAAAUCGAGGCCAGGGCAUCGCAAGAUUGUGGCGCUCUUCCUCGUGGAUCCCGCACUCCCGAAGCCGCGCAUAUCGACGAGCAAUGUACCCCCACAACAAAAGGAGUGGAUGAAGGCCCUUCUGCAGGACAUCGCUGCCGAGCAGCGCGUGAAGGAUGAUAUCACGGCUAAGGGGCUCGGGAAGCUUCCUGUUGAAAUGGUGGACAUGAUUAUCGACCAGGCAGAUUGGCUGAUGUCGAGGCAGGAGGCAGAAGAACUUCGGCUGGAACUGAUGGACGAGCGCAGCGCUAUGACGGAGGAUAAUGACGAGUUAGUGUUCUCUGUACCGUUCAACCUGUGCGAACAUUGA